AUUUGUUCAUUCUUAGAUCUUGACCGCCCGUCACUCAACAACCAAUCACAAGUCUUAUAUAUGAACCAUGAUAUACAAAUUAAGUCUUGUCUCUUAGAAUCUUGUAAAAACUGAAAUUUCAGAGAGAGAGAGAGAGAGAGAGAGAGAGAGAGAGAGAUGGCAAUCGGGACAUUGGAGCUGCUGCUGGUGAAUGCAAAAGGCCUUGGAGACAAUGAUUUCCUAGGUCGUAUGGAUCCUUAUGUUCUAAUACAAUACAAAAGCCAAGAGCGCAAGAGCAGCGUGGCCCGAGGUGAAGGUGGGAGUCCGGCGUGGAACGAGAAAUUUACAUUUAGGGUAGAGUAUCCAGGGGAAGGUAACCAGUACAAAUUCAUUCUCAAAAUCUUCGAUAAGGACACAUUCUCUGCCGAUGACUACAUUGGACAAGCCACCAUCUACGUGGAGGAUUUACUGGCAGAGGGAGUGGAGAAUGGAACUUCUGAACUACAUCCUCGCAAGUAUAGCGUGGUGAAAAGUGACCAAACUUAUUGCGGAGAGAUUCAAGUUGGCGUCACUUUCACCAGAAAGGUAGAAGAGAAGUAUGAUGGAGAAGAGUUUGGGGGAUGGAAGCAAAGCCACAACUACUAGUUCCAUUAAUGUCCGUUUGGUCUGCAUAUAUGGAAUAUAUUUACAGCAGAGAUAUUGUCAUUGUCAAAGGAUUUCAGUUCUUCAAGAGUAAUUUUACAUGUACAUUAAAUGCUCAUCAAAAAAUAGGUGGCUUUUAAAA